AUGGAGACCUGGGAGAGGCGUAUUUGGGCAGGGAUUGCUCCUCCACGGGUGGAGACAUUUGUCUGGCAAGUUGCUCACCAGAGAGUGGCGGUGAAGGAGGAAUUACUGAAGCGAGGUGUGGUAGGGAUUGAUGAUCCUUUAUGCUCUUUGUGUGGUAGGGAAAUGAAAUCAGUUACGCAUCUAUUUUUGCAUUGCGAGGUAGUAUGGGAAAUUUAUUACAGGGCGUUGAUGUGGUCAGUGUGGAAAUGCAGAAACGAGGUUAUUUUUCAGAAAGUUAAGCUGGAUGUGGUGAGACUAUUCUUUAUUGUCCGUUUUAGAAUAGCUUCCUGGUUUGUUGCAAAGUUCACGGAUGUGCAUAUACUUUUAGACUCUCUUGUGGGAGAUUUAAAACUUGUUGAUUUGGUGGGUAGACAAGGAAAUGACAAUUCUAAACCAAUUUGCUGGGUCCCUCCUCCGGAUGGGUUCUUAAAGCUAAAUGUUGAUGGAGCGAUGGUAAAGGGUUGGGAUAAGGGAGGUAUUGGUGGUUUGAUUCGGGAUAGUAAAGAAAUGUUGCUUCAAUGGUUUUCAGAAAGAGUUGGGGGUGGUCCUCCUAUCUUGGCAGAAUUAUUGGCGAUUAAGAGGGGGUUAUGUCUUCUGGAAGAUUUAAGUUAUGUUCCUAAUAGGAGGUUUAUUUUUGAAUCAGAUUCAAGCAAUGCCCUAAAGUGGAUCAAGAAUCCGGGUUUAUGCACUCCUAUGUUUCAAGUAUUGGUGAAGGAGAUAGUCUCUCUUAUGGCAGGGAAGGAUAUCAUUAUCAAGCAUAUUUUGAGGGUUGCAAAUUGGGAAGCUGACAAAUUAGCUAAAGAUGGGAUAGGGUGA